AAUUUGAUAAACCACACCCCUCUUCUCAAGAAGAAACAUAAACACUAGAGCUAGCUAGUUUAGUGAAACUUCUUUGUUAGUAGAGGAUUUAAUUAAUGGCUACUUUAAAUGGCUCUAGAUUAACCAUGAUCAGUUUGGUUCUAUUUGUUCUAAUAAUAGGGAGUACCAAUGCACAACUUUCUAUAAAUUUUUAUUCGAGUUCUUGUCCCAAACUCUUACCUACGGUGAAAUCCACUAUGCAAUCGGCCAUAUCAAAGGAGGCUCGAAUUGGUGCUUCCAUCCUACGUUUAUUCUUCCAUGAUUGUUUUGUCAACGGUUGUGAUGGAUCAAUUCUGCUAGAUGACACAACAACCUUUACCGGAGAGCAACACGCGCCACAGAACAAUAACUCUGCUCGUGGAUUUGAAGUAAUUGAUAACAUAAAAUCUGCCGUAGAGAAUGUGUGUCCCGGAGUUGUAUCAUGUGCUGAUAUUCUUGCCAUUGCAGCUGCAGAUUCCGUCGCAAUUCUUGGAGGCCCAACCUGGAAUGUAAAACUUGGAAGAAGAGACGCAAGGAAUGCCAGUCAAUCUGCCGCAACUACAUCCAUUCCGUUAGCAACUUCUGACCUCAAAGUACUUGCCAAAAUGUUUAGUAAUAACGGUCUUUCCAUCAAGGACUUAGUCGCAUUAUCAGGUGGUCACACUAUUGGACAAGCAAGGUGCACAACCUUUAGGACAAGAAUCUACAACGAGACCAACAUAGAUACUUCUUUUGCUAACACGAGACAAUCAAAUUGUCCAAGUACAUCAGGGUCAGGGGAUAGCAAUUUGGCUCCUCUUGAUCUUCAGACACCGAUUUCUUUUGAUAACAACUACUUCAAGAAUCUUAUUCAAAAGAAAGGUCUUCUCCAUUCAGACCAACAACUUUUCAAUGGCGGGUCCGCCGAUUCUAUAGUGAGUGGCUAUAGUACUAAUCCAAAAUCCUUUUCAUCUGAUUUUGUUGUUGCUAUGAUCAAGAUGGGAGAUAUUAAACCUCUCACUGGAUCAAAGGGAGAGAUCAGAAAGAAUUGUGGGAAAAUAAACUAAUGUCAAAGUUUUAAUUAAUUAAUGGUUUUAUGUUAUUCAUAUACAAUUUUCUAUUAUGUAUUUUUUUAGUAUGAGGGUUAAGUAUCAUGUUAGUUUUAUGUAAUGGUUUUAUGUAAUACAUAUAAAAAUUUGUGUCACACUCGUGUGUGCAAUAAAUUGUCAAUUAAAUUUUUGUUUU